AUGGCCCACCGAGGAACCUUCUACCUUCUACUUGUGUGCAUGAGUCCAGCACUUCUGUCUGCUGUGAGAAUCAACGGGGAUGGCCAGGAGGUAUUGUUCCUGGCAGAGGGGGACAACGUGAGGCUGGGCUGCCCCUACCUCCUGGACCCAGAGGACUUGGGCAACAAUGGGCUUGACAUCGAGUGGAUGCAGCUCAACUCAGACCCAGCGCACAGAGAGAAUGUGUUCCUGAGCUACCAGGAUAAGAGGAUCAACCACGGGAAUGUGCCACACCUGCAGCACAGAGUCCGCUUUGCUGCCUCGGACCCCAGCCAGUAUGAUGCCUCCAUCAACCUUAUGAACCUUCAGGUGUCUGACACGGCUACCUAUGAGUGUCGGGUGAAGAAGACCACCAUGGCCUCCCGGAAGGUCAUCGUCACUGUGCAAGCGCGUCCUGCCGUGCCCAUGUGCUGGGCCGAGGGACACAUGUCACAUGGCAAUGACUUGGUGCUGAAGUGCUUUGCCAGCGGGGGUACUCAGCCGCUGUCCUACCGCUGGGCCAAGAUCAGCGGGCACACGCACCCCUACCGCGCUGGCUCCUACCACUCCCAGCACAGCUUCCAUUCAGAGCUCUCCUACCAGGAAUCCUUCCACAGCUCCAUCAAUCCAAGUAUUAACGGCGACCUAUUGCUGAAGGGUCUGACCAGCGAGGACAACGGGCUGUAUCAGUGCACGGUGGCCAACCAUGUGGGCUACAGUGUGUGUGUGGUGGAGGUGAAGGUGUCAGAUUCGCGACGCAUCGGCAUGAUCAUCGGGGCCGUCCUGGGCUCACUCCUCAUGCUCGCCUGCCUCAUGAUGGGCAUUUGGGGGCUAGUUUGCUGCUGCUGCGGCGGCGGUGGCGUCGGCCGCGGGGCCUUCGGCUACGGCGGCGGGGUCGGCGGGGCCGGCGCUGGGGCCUGCGGCGACCUGGCUAGCGAGAUCAGAGAGGACGACGUGGCGCCCGGGUGCAAGGUCAGCGGGCGCGGCAGCCGCGUUUCCCAGCUCCUGGGGUACCCCACGCAGAACGUCCGGCGCUCCCGGGGCCGCCACUACGCACCCGCACCCUGCGGCGGCCCGGAGGACGUGGCGCUCACGCCCCGCCCCGCCGCCUGCGAAGCUGGGCCCGCUCCGGUCUACGUCAAGGUCCAGAGCGCGGAGCCCGAAUGCACGCAGGCGCCGCUGCCCCAAAAGGACGGGCUCCUGGUGUGAGCGUGCCGCGCCGCGCCCCGGCCGUGCGUUCCGGCGGAGACACGCGCGCUCGGGAUGGCCGCACGCCCCGGUGGGACGUGCGCUCUCGGGAUGGCCGCGCGCUCCGGCGGGGACGCGC